AUGGCGCUCGAUCAAAGCAAGGUCGUUGAUCUGGUCUUUGGUGAACUGAGGUCGCACCAGAGCACGGGAGUGCUUCCAGGCUUCGCCUCUACUGGUGAAGACGCCGGAGCCAAAAAGCGGUUUCCAACUAGCAUUUCUCUGCUCCCCAACAUCCCAGUCGGGGGCCUUGCUGGCGAGCAUGGCCUGGACGUUAGCGGGAUCGCGGGUCACGAUAAGCUCGUAGUCGGCAAUCGGGACCACACAGGUGUGCACAUCUUUGCCCAUCUCCUGGUCGAUGGCCUCGACGACGUACUGGGGACCUCUGUCGGCCUUGGUGGCCUUGACACUCUCAACAAGCCGGCCGAACCCCAAGAACCCCUUGGUGGGCAUCACGCGAGCGGGCCUGCAUCCCAACCGAGCUGCUUCUUCGUCAUUUCGCCGUCGGACAGAUUUCUUUCUCUGGAGAGAGUGAGCAAGCUGGAACACGCAAAUAGCCGCUGCCACUGCGAGGGCAAACAGGAACAUGAUAACAGAAAGGUGAAACGCAGGUGCGACAAUAUCCCGGAGCUUGGAGACAGUCCCGAAUGCUCGGUCAGCCGUUGA